UUAGUAUAUGUUAUGUUAUGUGUUAUCGAUAACUCCACUGCCCGCAAGCUGUUGUUUUUAUUUACAAUUUAUUAAUAAUAACAAUUAACCAUAAGUCAAUUGGCUCGCCAAACAUGGCCGACGACCCAGAGAGCUCUUUGGACCGACCCACAGAUGACAGCGAAUCCAGCAAACCGGAGAAUAUGUUCACCCUGAAAAAAUGGAACGCUGUGGCUAUGUGGAGCUGGGACGUGGAGUGCGACAUUUGUGCCAUUUGCCGUGUCCAAGUAAUGGAACAACUCCAUUGUGCGUGACUGCUCCCGUUACCACCAGUUCAAUCCCAGCAAAUCAAACAACAGAUUACACAGGCAAUCGGAGAUCAUUGGCUGGGGGGGAUUCAAAUAGAUGAAAACAUUUCUAGAUCUGUCUGGUAUCAGUCAGGCAUCCGGCGAAUGUACCGCUUGCCAUCAUCUCCCUCCUAAUGGGAAUCCGAUAAGCAACGAACACCGAAUCGAAGCGAGGCCCAUGUAAUGCUUCGCCUCCUUAUCUGCAUCUGUACGUUGAGCGUCAGCAGCCAAGCCAAAUGUCUGUGCUUGUCUAUAAAAAUAUCAAAUGAAAUUGUCAAUUAUAAAAUACA